GCUACGUGUUUGAAAUGGAUGGUUGAAUUUGGGAUUUGCUAGUUAUGUGGAAUGAAUGUCCUGUUGAAGAAAUGUGAACGAGACAAGAUUAACGUGAACGAUAUCUCGACAAACAACCUCUUAGGUUGUGCUAGCAAAAGGAAACCAACAGAACUGCAAAGCGUUUCUGAGUCUGGAAAUUUCGGUGAUGCCCAAAUGAGGAGUGAAAACCCCGCUGUUUAAAAUGCCGCAGAGCAGAUAGCAGUAGGUGGCUGGAAUACAGGAGGUCGAAAGACAGUAUUCCUUUUUUUUCUUUUUGCUCCAAAAAAGGCAGGCAUUUUGGUGAUAACGUGACUGAGGGCAGAUUCACUCUUGGAUUCAUGACUGGAAAUGUACGAUUAGGCAUGCAAGUCACGUACAAACUAACGGAGAGGUGCUUUCUAAAUGCACACCUCACAAGGAAUGCCAUUGCCUUUACUGGCCUCAGUGAUAACGGUUAUUAUCUGAGAUGUGCCCGUGUCUCGAACGUAUUCUCACAAAGGUCUCCUUGGUGUUCCUGGUCAGCGGCCUUGUCAUCUUGGGCUAUGCCUCCUCUGUCAGCGGUCAGUCAACCUACCAGGAUGUGGUACGAGAAAUCUGUGGGUCAGCCAUUGGCAAGCUCUGUGAGGUCUGCUUCGUCUUCAAUCUCUUCAUGAUCUCAGUGGCUUUUUUAGUGGUGGUAGAAGACCAGCUUGCAAAGUUAUGUGACUCGCUGUUCUUGAACAUGACGGCUCCUGCUGAGAUGGCUGUGCCACACCACUGGUACAAUGACGAGCGCUUUUCACUGUCUGUCAUUUGCACCCUGGUUAUUCUUCCGUUGUCCAUCCCAAAGGAGAUUAGCUUCCAGAAGUACACCAGUAUACUUGGCACCCUGGCAGCAACAUACCUGACAGUGGUGGUGGUCAUUAAAUACUAUCUAGUGAAGGAACAUGUUGUGAUCAAUGAUCCACUUUCUAAGAACAGCAUAUCCUCGUGGGCCUCAAUGUUCAGUGUGAUUCCCACUAUCUGCUUUGGAUUCCAGUGUCAUGAAGCCUGCAUUGCUAUUUACAGCAGCAUGCAGAAUAAGCGGCUCUCCCACUGGGUGGUCAUCUCCACCAUCUCCAUGCUCUUCUGCCUGCUCAUCUACUCCCUCACAGGCAUUUUUGGCUUUUUAACCUUUGGGUCCAGUGUUGCUGCUGACAUACUGAUGUCCUACCCCGGGAACGACGUUGUCAUCAUCAUUGCCAGGCUGCUGUUUGCCAUCUCCAUUGUUACCAUCUACCCAAUCAUUCUGCUUCUUGGCAGGUCGGUCAUUCAGGAUUUGCUUCUGAAGAACCGGCGGCAGUACACGGUGGUCACCGAAGCCUAUGAGAAAUGGUCCAGACUCUUCCUGACAGUAGUAUGGAUUGUCAUCACACUGCUUAUUGCGAUGUUUGUGCCGGACAUCAGCAAGAUCAUCAGCAUCAUUGGAGGGAUCAGCGCAUUCUUCAUCUUCAUCUUUCCAGGGCUGUGUUUAAUAUUUAUAAUGCAAACUGAGGCGGUAUCUUCAAGAAUGAGACUCGCACUGACUGCCUGGGGUGUCACCACACUAGUCUGUGGAGCCUUCAUCUUUGGACAGAGUACCACCAUAGCAAUCCUGGAACUUUUUAAUGAAUAUUAACUCUUAUUUUAAAAUGUU